AUGGGGAUGGAUUACUAUGCUGUGCUCCAGGUCAAUCGCAACUCAGAGGAUGCCCAGAUCAAGAAGGCGUACCGGAAACUUGCCCUGAAGAACCACCCAUUGAAGUCAAGUGAGCCAUCUGCACCAGAGACAUUCAGGCAAAUAGCAGAAGCCUACGACGUGCUGAGUGACCCCGUGAAGAGAGGCAUCUAUGACAAGUUUGGCGAAGAAGGCCUGAAGGGUGGGAUUCCUCUGGAGUUUGGAUCCCAGACUCCAUGGACAACGGGCUACGUCUUCCAUGGCAACCCUGAAAAGGUGUUUCACGAGUUUUUUGGAGGAGAUAACCCCUUCAGUGAAUUUUUUGAUGCAGAAGGAAAUGAUAUAGAUUUGAAUUUUGGGGGGCUUCGCGGCCGAGGAGUCCAGAAACAAGACCCUCCAAUCGAACGAGACCUCUAUUUGUCCCUUGAGGACUUAUUCUUUGGCUGCACCAAAAAGAUUAAGAUCUCCCGAAGGGUGCUAAAUGAAGAUAAAUAUUCCUCCACCAUAAAGGACAAGAUUCUGACAAUCGAUGUGAGGCCUGGGUGGAGGCAGGGCACACGCAUCACCUUUGAGAAGGAAGGGGACCAGGGCCCCAACAUUAUCCCUGCUGAUAUUAUCUUCAUCGUAAAGGAGAAACUGCAUCCUCGCUUCCGCAGGGAGAUGGACAACCUCUUCUUUGUCUACCCCAUUCCUUUGGGCAAGGCUCUCACCUGCUGCACUGUGGAGGUGAAGACCCUAGAUGACCGUCUGCUCAACAUCCCCAUUAAUGACAUUGUCCAUCCCAAGUACUUCAAGAUGGUGCCAGGUGAGGGUAUGCCACUGCCUGAGGAUCCUACCAAGAAGGGGGACCUCUUCAUUUUCUUUGACAUCCAAUUCCCCACCCGCCUCACACCUCAGAAGAAGCAGAUGCUGCGCCAGGCAUUGCUGACCUAA